CUAUAUUGUAUUUCGUUUUCGAUGCCACAGCUGUUUAGACAACAAAAAAACAAUAGACAUGUGCAUGUGUUGAUUGACAGAUGGGUCAUACGAUAUCACGAUAUAUCAAAUGUGAACUGUGCUGCAUUUACCUUGACAAUUUUUUGUAGUAGAAUAAAAUUACAAAGCUCUUCUUAUUGUAAAAUGGCGACGAAUUAUACAUGGGAUGUCGAAAAUACGGUACCAACAUGUACCGACGAAAGCACACCACUUCUACCAGGAAGUGGCCAAGCCAGCAUGGCCGAAAAGAUUGGUAUCUCACAACAAACUUUGGUCUCCACUAAUGGCCAAAAAGCUAAGAAAUUACCACAGUACAUGGCAGGAAUAGCAGCAACCCUUGGUGCUGUUGCAGCUGGUAUGGUACUGAGCUGGACAUCGUCUGCUGGUGAAGAGGGUGUAAAUCUGGCGAAUAACUAUAAGAUACCUAUUACUGAUGAAGAAUUCUCCUGGAUAGGAUCGCUCGCCACUCUUGGAGCAGGUGCAAUGUGCAUUCCCAUUGGUAUAUUGGCAGAUCUAAUUGGCAGAAAGACUGCCAUGUUACUCAUGGUGAUCCCUUUCACUGUCGGUUGGCUACUUAUCAUCUUCUCAAAUUCAGUGCUCAUGUUCUACUUCGGUAGAUUCAUCACAGGUCUCAGUAGUGGGGCCUUCUGCGUGGCUGCUCCUCUAUACACGUCGGAGAUAGCCGAGAGCGAGAUCCGUGGUGCGCUUGGCUCUUACUUUCAGUUGAUGCUUACUGUAGGUAUUCUUCUUUCAUACGCUCUCGGGACCGCUCUGAAUAUGAUAACACUGUCAAUUAUUUCGGGAAUUGUACCGCUGGUCUUCUUCGCGGUAUUCUUCUUCAUGCCAGAGAGUCCAGUAUACUACUUGAAGAAAGGCAACGAGGAAGCUGCCAGGAAAAGCUUGGUCAGACUUCGUGGCGCUCAGUAUGACUGUGAGUCUGAAUUGCAGGCGCAACGCGAAGCACUUGAAGAGGCCAAUAGGAGUGGUGCAUCGUUCUCUGUCACAAUUAAAUCACGAGCUGCCAAAAAAGGCUUCGCAAUCGCUUACGGCUUGAUGCUAUUCCAACAAAUGAGUGGCGUGAAUGCCAUCAUUUUUUAUUCUGGAGAUAUUUUCAGUAAAGCUGGAAGCACUCUACCACCAGGUGAGGCAUCCAUCAUUGUGGGAGCGGUGCAAGUAAUAUCGGUCUUCUUAGGUACACUAAUCAUCGAUAAAUUAGGCAGAAGAAUACUGCUAUUAGCUUCAAUCGCAGUUAUGUUCCUAACGACUCUGAUCCUUGGUGUUUACUUUUAUUGUAUCACUUAUACUACCGCCUUUGAUGAUCUCAAGUGGUUCGCAAUCAUUCCACUAUGCGUUUUUCUUGUAAUGUUCUCCAUAGGCUUUGGCCCAAUUCCAUGGCUGAUGAUGCCAGAGAUCUUCGCUCCAGAAGUGAAGGGAAUUGCUGGAAGCAGCGCCUGUUUAUUCAACUGGCUUGUAGCUUUCAUAGUGACCAAGUUUUAUACCAAUAUGACUGCAGCUAUAGAAUCUUAUGGUACUUUCUGGAUAUUCUCUUUAUUCUGCGCCAUCGGCGUUAUAUUUGUUUACUUCUUGGUCCCAGAAACUAAGGGCAAAACAUUAGAUGAAAUUCAAAGAGAAUUGAAUCGCUGAGUCAGAGUUCCUAUUAAAAAUAUAAAUUGUAUAUAUUGAAAUAUUAAUAUAUAUAUAAAU